UGUUCUGGGGGAGUUGUGAGACACACAGAUGUUGGUUGGAUACCUUUUUAGCAGUAGAUGUUACGGGCAGGACCAGGAGGUGCGGCCGGGGGAGAUGAAGAGGCACAGAACAGGUCAUUCAUCCCCCUGCCUGUCAUACGGUUACUGUGUCAUCGCCUGCCUACAAUCCUCUCUACGCUUUCUGAGAGACAACCCCAAUGUGAAGAUGAGACCAUGGUUCCAGUACUAACUUCAAAAAAAGCCAGUGAAUUACCAGUGAACGAAGUAACGUGUGUCCUGCAGGCUGACCUGCAGUACGGCCUGACCCACAGUGAGGUCACCCGUCGCCGUGCCUACCAUGGCUGGAAUGAGUUCGACAUCAAUGAGGAGGAGCCUCUCUGGAGGAAGUACAUCUCCCAGUUUAAGGAUCCUCUCAUCAUGUUGCUACUGGCCUCUGCUGUCAUCAGUGUGCUCAUGCACCAGUUUGAUGAUGCCAUCAGCAUCACAGUGGCCAUUAUAAUAGUGGUUACAGUUGCCUUUGUCCAGGAAUACCGCUCCGAGAAGUCCCUUGAAGAGCUGGGAAAACUUGUGCCUCCAGAAUGCCACUGUGUGAGGGAAGGACAUCUGGAGCGCAUGCUGGCUCGGGAGUUGGUCCCUGGAGACACGGUCUGUCUCUCUGUUGGGGAGAGAGUCCCGGCUGAUCUACGACUCUUUGAGGCAACUGACCUAUCAGUGGAUGAGUCCAGUCUGACGGGAGAGACCACGCCCUGCUCCAAGUCCACGUCCCACCAGCCCACCAACAAUGACAUCACCUCCCGCAGCAAUGUGGCCUUCAUGGGAACCCUGGUGCGAUGUGGCAAAGCCAAGGGUAUUGUCAUAGGAACAGGAGAAAAUUCUGAAUUUGGAGAGGUUUUUAAGAUGAUGCAAGCAGAGGAGGCCCCUAAAACACCUUUACAGAAAAGCAUGGACCUUCUUGGAAAACAGCUAUCGCUUUAUUCCUUUGGAAUCAUAGGUACUACAUAUUUUUUGUUGUUCUCAAAUGUGCACAUGUUCUCAUGGUCCUGAAUGGCUCAGUAGGUA